GGCGAAGUAGCUGAAAAGACACUUCACCAGCAUCUGAAGUUCGCGUAUUAACGGUCAGCUUAGCCGCUGUGUUGAACAAGACACAAUCCAGGUGACAGCUAUGUCUCACGUCUCGUGGUGUUCAGGUCCAGGAUGGCGAACCAUUCCUGCGACAGACAGCAUGCCAGAGUACUCCGUUUAUACGGGACAAGUUCCUAAGCCUGAGCUGGACGAUCGAGACUAUUGUCUCAUCAGGCUGGGCAACGGAAUUGUGGGAGCGCUAGUACACGAUGCGCAAGCCGACAAGGCUGCAGCGUCCGUCCAUAUCAACGUUGGGAGUCUGUAUGAUCCAAACGACGUGCCAGGUUUGGCUCACUUCUGUGAGCAUAUGAUCAUGAAGGGAUCUGAACCCUACCCUGCCGAGAACGACUGGAUCUCGUUUAUUGAGUCAAACGGUGGUGUCAAGAACGGCGUGACAUCUCCGACGUGGCAAGAUUACUACUUUUCAAUCAACCCAUCCGCGCUCUCGGACGCACUCCCCCGACUCGCGGCAUUCUUCUAUGGUCCGAUCUUCACCGCCAAUUUGACUGCGCGAGAGAUGUACGCCGUAGACUCAGAAAACAAGCGCAAUCUGCAGAAGGAUGAACGGCGGAUCCUUCAGCUGAGCAAGUCGCUCAGCGUGUCAGGACACCCUUGGACGAAGUUCGGAACCGGAAAUGUCGCGAGCCUGACGGAUGCGGCGAGAAAGGCCGUUGAAGCUCAUGGCGAAUCGCCCGACGUACCGGACGGAGAUGGUGGACCCGUGGGUAGAGAAGUAAGACGACGGCUGAUCGAGUGGUGGCAGCAGCAGUACUGCGCGGGGCGUAUGACCCUAGCCGUCGUCGGCAAAGAGCCUAUCGAGGAACUGACGCAGCUUGUUGUGCUUACAUUUUGCAAGGUAGUCAACAGGGAGUUGGAUCCUCGACCUGUGCUCACGGAACCUGCCUGGGGUCUUGAACAAAUGAGCACCAUCAUAUUUGUCAAGACAGUCAAGGACUAUCACUCCUUCCAGUUCUCAUUCCAAAUUCCGGAUCAGUCGCCACUAUACCAAACCAAGCCCGCUUCUUUCGCUGCACACUUCCUCGGACAUGAGGGGCCUGGAAGCAUCUAUAACUAUCUCAAGGAGAAGGGCUGGCUACUCUCCAUCAGCGCCGGUGCCUCUACUGAGAACAGAAGUGUGUCGAGAUUUACUAUCGCCGGAACUUUGACAAAAGAAGGCUAUGUCCAUUGCCAGGAUGUUCUCCUCGCGAUCUGCAACUAUCUGUCCCUGUUACGCGCAAGCACCUUUGCAUCACAUCACUUCCACGAGAGAGCGCAGAUGGCGACAACAUUUUUCCGCUUUGCGGAGAAGUACCAGCCGCAUGAGUAUGCGCGCAACAUUGCGCGGGCGCUGCUACUUCCUCUGCCUCCUGAGCGCAUCCUCGAUGGCGGCGCGCUCGUUCGCGAGUGGGACGAGCAGGGCGUGCGAGAAUUUUUGGCGCUUUUGAGGCCGGAGAACGGGCGAGUGAUGCUUAUGGCGAAAGAGCAUGAUCCAGCAGUCCUUGGACUCGGCAAUGGCCAGGAGAGGUGGGAGGUAGAGAAGUGGUAUGGGACCGAAUAUAUCGUCCAGAGGCUCAACGAUGAGUUCCUGGAGAAGGCAAAUCGUUCUAACGAAAAUGCGCAGCUCUUUUUGCCAGGGCCUAAUCCAUAUAUCCCGGAGGACCUGUCGGUCGACAGAAAAGAUAUCGACAAGCCAGCGCCCGCGCCAGAGAAGAUAUAUGAGACGCCACGGACAAUUCUGUGGUACAAGAGGGACGACCAGUUCUGGGCACCCAAAGCGCAUGUCCGGCUAACCAUUCGAUCACCCCACGCGUAUGCCACGCCCCGGCACGCAGUUCUAACUCGACUCUUUACUGAUCUUGUCGAAGAUUCUUUGUCUGAGAUCACCUAUGACGCGUCACUCGCCGGGUUGUAUUACAGCGUUGAUAGCGAGAAAGAGGGUCUGUACGUGUCUGUGCGUGGGUACAAUGACAAGCUGCCUGUGCUUCUCGGCACCGUCAUCGACCGGCUCAAGACUAUUAACAUCCGCGAAGACCGGCUCAAGGUGUUUUCUGAACAGCUGGAAAGGUCGUACAAGAACUUCUAUCUCGGUCAGCCAUCAAACUUAUCGCAGUAUUAUAUCUCUGCUGCCCUCGUUGAGCGAACAUGGACCCCGCUAGAGAAGCUUGCUGAGCUGCCACACAUCACUUGCGAGAGCGUCGAGCAGCACAAGCGCGACCUCUUGUCGAAGCUGCACUUUGAGGGUCUCAUCACCGGUAAUAUUAAGCAGGAGCAAGCUACGCAGAUUGUCCAGGAUGUAGAGAACCGCCUGUGUGACUCCAGAAUUCUUUCUCCCUCGGAAUGGCAUCGUGAGCGUUCUCUGAUUCUCCCUUCUGGUGCAGACUAUGUCCUGCAGACGAAGUACGCCAAUCCGAAGGAGCUGAACUCUGCUUUAACAUACUACUGUCACUUUGGAGACGUCGCGGACGAUAGGCCACGAGCAACGCUCAAGCUCCUGGUGCACAUUAUGAAAGAGCCGAGUUUCAGCCAACUACGUACCGUCGAGCAACUUGGCUACGUCGUCUUAACAUCCAUGCGCUCCGCGGUCGGCAGCAUGGGUCUCGACAUCAAAAUCCAGAGCUUGAAGUCGCCAGCACACGUCGAAGAACGUGUAGAGGCCUUCCUUUCAUCCUUCCGCGGCGACUUGGUUGGGUUUACACCUGCAAAGUUCGCUGAGCUGAAGAGCGCACUUGUCCUCAAGCUGCUUGAGCGGCCGAAGAACCUCGCGGAGGAGACAUCACAGUUCUGGUAUCAGAUCGAGGGCGGAUACUACGACUUCCUGAGGAGGGAGGUAGAUGCCGCGACUGUCGAGAGUUUGACGUUGGAUGAGGUCCUAGCGGCGUACGACGCCUUCGUGCUGCCACAAGCUACUACACGAAGGAAGCUCUCGGCGCACCUCGUCGCAGCGCAGACAGAGAACACUCCACGGAGCACGAGCAUGGUUGUCAGCGGCGAGACAGAGGCGAGGUUCAAGGCUGGCUUGGCAUGCUCGACAGCAGCGCUGCCUAUCGAGCGUGCGGGACAUGAGAUGCCAGCGCCCCGUCUACGGUUGCCGAGCAGGCUCAGGUCAAAUUCCCAAAACCCAAGUCAGAAACCCAAAUCUGAUACCAUCAGCGCUCGGAUAACCGCCGUACACCACCAACCUCCGAGUACACUGGCGCCUCUUACUCUGAACAUUUGAGUAUUUUCAGCAUAAAUAGU